AUGUUUGUACUGAUAGAUAAUGUCCUGGCCUACCUUCUUGAACAAGACGACCAAUUUGUAACCGUACGCUUCGCCAUUCAGGGCCAAAUAGUUACAAGAAGAGUAAACAAAAUACACCUUUCCAACAUUACCGAUGUACUCCUAAUACAGUUCUUAAGCCACACACAGAAUCAUAACAACAAUAUCGUCCCAAAAAAAAUCCUCGAUAAUAUGAGAACGGCCGUACGGCAGUUGCUGGAAGCAACUGCUUGCGUCUCCAGAGAAUGUCUCCUGAUAAAAAGAAACCACGAAAUACGAAGAGCAAGAAAGCGCCUACUCAGUGACUGGUACAGGCUGGGUGCUGACGCAAACCAGGAUACCCUUUUGGUAGUCGCAAACUCUGCUUGGAGGUUUCUCGCCGUUUGGCGACCGUUCGUAACCUCAAUCCAACACGCAACCAAAGAAUUGUUUAAGCAAAUCGCCUAUUACCUUCUUCAUAGCAACGUCGACUUCCAAAGGGUCGCGGCACUAAUCCAGGUCAUAAUGGGGGAGGACCAUUUGCUUUUCUCCAUGGAUGAGGUCCUAAAAGAGGUAGUAGAAAUACAACAAUACCUCGAUAAAAUGCUCCCGCUCGACACCCACCAAUGGCAAAAGCCAUCCCCCUUUGAGUCUGGAAACCUGUUACUAAACUUUAGGGACUGGACAACUGACAAUGGACUGCUCCAAGAAUUGCUACACUGCUAUCUCCAAAAUAAAGACAAACAAGAGAGACACUCUGUCCUUCGCCUAAUCCAACUCUGGCUACAAUCCUAUUGGCUAGAUACCAACCAUACCUUGAACGACAUUCUCCUCUUUUGGUGCGACCAUUUGGCUGAUUCGGAAAUGUAUGAUAUGUUAUUUCCGGAGGUUGUUCAAUUGCUUGCAGGUGGGGCAAGAACCAGACAAUUAAAGGUGCAAUACAUUGGCCUACCUGACCAUGAACUGGAAACCAGCAAACCAGUUACUGAUUACACAACGUUAUUUGAGGAAUACAAAACAGAUAGAAUUGACGAAAAUUACGAGCUUUCUCACACAAGCGAUCUCGAAACAUUGCUCUUGCAAUGGAAACAAGGUGAGAAGCCAGAAGGAGAAACAUUUGAUCUUGAUAUACCUCCAUGGACACUCGCAAAGACAUUGACCCUCUUGGAGUCGGCCCUGUUCUUGGCUGUUGAAACAAUAGAGUUCCCAAAGUAUUUCAAACAUAGCAAUACAACAAUCGACUUGGUGUUUAAGUUUUCUAAUCAGCUAUCGUACUAUGUACUUGAGACGACUAUACAACAGACACACACGAUUUCAUAUUGGUUACAUGUCGCGUUAUCUUGCCUUUAUCUAAGGAACCUGAACUCUCUCGCUUCUAUUAUCACCACGCUGCAGAACCAUUCAAUUGAAAGACUAUCUUUUCCACUAGACGUCAAGUUAGACAACCUUUUUGAGACCUUAAAGACCAUAGUACACCCCAACAACAACUACAAUGUUUACAGAAGCAUUAUCCAAGAUAUUGCACACAAUGGGCUGCCGUGCGUGCCGUUUACUUCCCUGUUCAUAAGAGAUAUAACAUUCAUCCGGGAUGGAAACGAAACAUUCGCCAAAGAUGAAACUGGUAUCAACAUGAAUAAAUUCCAUCAAAUAACGAAGAUUAUAGCCUUCGCCCAACAUUUGCAACAAAUGCAAUAUAAAACUUUGACUUGUGCGGAUCUUAAUGCAAAAAACCUUUUGGUAGCUAUGACUGACGUAAAUAGCUUGUACAACGACAAUAAAGAUAGAGCCUACCAAGUCAGUAUUGCUAAAGUUCCCAGACUUGUGUAA